UAACUACAAACAAACGCACACAAAGUCCCCUCCGGUCUCCCUUUUCAUAUCAUAUUUACUUCUUUUUUUUUUUUUUCUUUAUAUUUUCUCUUCCACUAAUACUAAUAACCCCCAAAGCUAAAACCUUUGAGCUUCUCUUUCAUGGCGUCCUCAAGGGAAGGUCACUACAGAGGUGUAAGGAAGAGACCGUGGGGAAGAUACGCAGCUGAAAUACGUGAUCCAUGGAAGAAAACAAGGGUUUGGUUAGGUACAUUCGACACACCCGAAGAAGCUGCACUCGCUUACGACGGAGCAGCUAGGUCCCUCCGUGGUGCCAAAGCUAAAACCAACUUCCCCACACCGUCUUCCUCUUCUUCUCCGCCGCCGGCUCUUUCUCUUGAUCUUAAUCUCGCUUCUCAUAAUCCCCAUCGUUGGGCUUUAGCUUCACCUCAUCACCAUCACCGUUUUGCCGCCGUGGGUGAUUUCCUUCAAGCUGGUGGUAUUAAAGAUAUGAACUUUGGUCCCGACCCAUCGUCUUCGACGAGACCCAAUGUCCUCUCCGUUUCAACUUCCCCUCCGGUGACCGCAAAUGGUAACACGGCGUCGUUUCUUGGGAUUGUUCGACGUGGUUUGCCUAUAGAUUUGAAUGAGCCACCUCCACUGUGGCUGUGAAUGUGGUUUUUCUUCUCUAGGCAUUUUGCAGGCUCCCUUUUUAACCUUUAACCCUUCCUUAGGCAUCUUUGCUACUUCUGUUUAGUAAUUAUUCUGUAUUUUGAGAACUAAGAAUCAUAAAAAAAAAAAACAUAUUAAAAACUGAGGACCCUUUGUGUAAAUAUAUGUUUUUUUCCUUAACUUAUGUAUGAUUUAAAACACUUUAUCAGAUGUUUUUAUCUUCA